GUGGGGCUAAGGCCGCUCAGUCAGGCUUGGGAAGCCGGGAAGAAUUUGUCUCUCGGCGGUGGGACCGGAGGUUUCGGGGGCAGCGGCGGCGGCGCUGGGCUCGCCCCCGUUCCGUGACUGACAGCCAGGUGUUUCCACCUGGGCGGUGAAGUCAUAGCAGGGAAUGUAUGACAACAUGUCCACAAUGGUGUAUCUAAAAGAAGACAAAUUGGAGAAGCUCACUCAGGAUGAGAUUAUUUUCAAGACCAAGCAAGUGAUUCAAGGCCUGGAAGCCUUGAAGAAUGAGCACAAUUCCAUCUUACAGAGUUUACUUGAGACGCUAAAAUGUUUGAAGAAAGAUGAUGAGACUAAUCUGGUAGAAGAAAAAUCAAAUAUGAUUCGGAAGUCUUUGGAAAUGCUAGAAUUGGGCCUAAGUGAAGCACAGGUGAUGAUGGCUUUGUCAAAUCACUUAAAUGCUGUAGAAUCAGAGAAGCAGAAAUUACGUGCUCAGGUUCGUAGGCUGUGUCAAGAAAACCAAUGGCUAAGAGAUGAACUAGCCAAUACCCAGCAGAAAUUGCAAAAGAGUGAGCAGUCUGUGGCUCAGCUGGAAGAAGAAAAGAAGCACCUUGAAUUCAUGAAUCAGUUAAAAAAAUAUGAUGAUGAUAUUUCACCUUCAGAGGAUAAAGACACAGAUUCUGCCAAAGAGCCAUUGGAUGAUUUAUUCCCCAAUGAUGAAGACGACCAAGGACAAGGAAUUCAACAGCCACAUAGCAGUGCAGCAGCAGCUGCCCAACAGGGUGGUUAUGAGAUUCCAGCAAGAUUAAGGACUCUUCAUAAUCUUGUCAUUCAGUAUGCUUCCCAAGGUAGAUAUGAGGUUGCUGUACCUCUUUGUAAACAAGCGCUUGAAGACCUUGAAAAGACUUCAGGCCAUGAUCACCCUGACGUUGCCACUAUGUUGAACAUACUUGCAUUAGUAUACAGGGACCAGAAUAAAUACAAAGAUGCAGCAAAUUUACUGAAUGAUGCCCUGGCCAUUCGUGAGAAGACGUUAGGCAAAGAUCAUCCAGCGGUUGCAGCAACUUUAAAUAAUCUUGCUGUACUUUAUGGGAAAAGAGGAAAAUACAAGGAAGCUGAACCUUUAUGCAAGAGAGCUUUGGAAAUCAGAGAAAAGGUAUUGGGAAAAGACCACCCAGAUGUUGCCAAGCAGUUAAAUAAUCUGGCUUUACUAUGUCAGAACCAGGGCAAAUAUGAAGAAGUGGAAUACUACUAUCAACGGGCACUUGAGAUCUACCAAACAAAACUGGGGCCAGAUGAUCCAAAUGUAGCAAAGACCAAGAAUAAUUUGGCAUCCUGCUAUUUGAAACAAGGGAAGUUUAAGCAAGCAGAAACUUUGUACAAAGAGAUCCUUACUCGUGCCCAUGAAAGAGAAUUUGGCUCUGUGGAUGAUGAAAACAAACCGAUCUGGAUGCACGCUGAAGAAAGAGAAGAAUGCAAAGGAAAACAAAAAGAUGGCACUACAUUUGGUGAAUAUGGAGGCUGGUACAAAGCUUGCAAAGUUGACAGUCCAACGGUUACAACUACUUUAAAGAAUCUUGGAGCACUUUACAGACGUCAAGGCAAAUUUGAAGCUGCUGAAACACUAGAAGAGGCAGCAAUGAGGUCCCGUAAACAGGGACUUGACAAUGUUCACAAACAAAGAGUUGCUGAAGUGCUUAAUGACCCAGAAAGUAUAGAGAGAAGGCAAAGCCGUGAGAGCCUCAAUAUUGAUGUGGUAAAGUAUGAGAGUGGACCUGAUGGAGGAGAGGAAGUGAGUAUGAGCUUAGAAUGGAAUGGGGAUGGCACUGGAUCAUUAAAACGCAGUGGUUCCUUUAGCAAACUUCGUGCUUCAAUUAGACGCAGCAGUGAGAAGCUGGUUAGAAAACUAAAGGGAGGAAGUUCACGAGAAAGUCCUGGCAUGAAGCGUGCCAGUUCAAUGAAUAUUCUUAACGUGGGUGGCAAAGCAACUGAAGAUCAUUUUCAAGGACGAACUAAUUGUCUGACAGAUUCAAGAGCUAUGAGUGCCAGUCAUACUGAUUUGGCCCACUGAGGUUCUGGAACAGAUGCUAGCUAAAAAUGUCCAUAUGAAUCACGAAGCACUGAGAUUCACAGGUGUUUGGGGUCCCCAUUAUGAUCUUUCUAGCACUUUCUAGGUUAAAGACAUAACAGAAUGGACUACUUCUAGGCUUUCUUAAAAUAACUGGCAUUUUAAAGAAUCCUAGAGUUAGUGACUAGCUUGUUUCCAAAGCAUGCUGAGUUUGUUGCGUUGUUACUAGCAAUACGGAGUUGUGUUACAGAUAGCUGGAUAGCAGUAUCCAUAAGCAGAGGAAAAUAUCGCCACAAAAUAGAAAAGGAACUGAAAUAUAAAGGAAUGCAAAAGCUUUCCUCAACAUGCUAUUUUAAAACUGUUACAGGAGCAUCCAUUAUUAGCUAUGUAUACAUUUGGUGGAAUUGAGAUUGGCAUUAACUUCAUCACUGUAUGGAAUGGGGACUGUGUACACAUCAUAGAUUAUAGGUACCAAAAUUGGCAUGUAGUUUAUCUUAUUAGUAUUGGGCUUCAGGUUUUAAAUCAGGAAGGCAAGAUACAGUACUGAUUAAUUGGGAUGGAAUAACUUUGAGACCUCUUGAAAAUAGCACUUAAUAGCCAAUUACUUGUGGCUUUCUUCAGUCUAAAAAUUAAUGGAAGCAGUGCAAUUUACUUUAAGCUAGGAGAGAAAAGCAGAAUUGGCUAAACGCCUGUCAGAUUUUUCAGUCUUUCCAUUUUAGUCCCAUAGAGCAUUCCUUUUUAUCUCAGUCCAGAAUUAUGAUUAUUUACUGCCUCUUGAAUUUUACUUCUGUUUCAGUUUGAAAUGAGAAGGGGGGAAAGUAAGUACUGUGAAGUAGUUGCUUGCAAGAGGGCCUCAUGAGAAAUUUAUCAAGGUAAAAAAAGUCUGUUAGUGGCAACUUGUUCCAUAGGUUUAUUACUCUUGGGUGAUAAACUUCUUUCUCAGGGGACUAGAUAAGGAAAGGUAAAUGUUUCAGCAUUUGGUUUUGCAGUCAGUAAGUUAAUGAAACGUGGUUAUCUGUUUCUGUAUUGCAAUACCAUUAUUUGCAAGUAGAAAGUGUGUGCAAGUCAUGACUAUAUAUCAAGAAAAUUAGAUCUCUGGCCAGUAGGAAUAACCAAGCUAAAUUAACUUUGCUUACUUUCUUGCAUUACUAUCAAUGUUAUUAAUGUGGACUGCAGAGGUUAAAAGCACUAAAAGGAACAUACUCUAAUUUUAUAAAAAGUAUAUGUAACAAGAUUUGUGAUCAAAGUACAUCAGCUCAAUCUUGAAACGACAGCUUUUAUCUAGCAGCAUUCUGAGAUCUGGUCAAUGCUGCUAACUAGGUAGAGAUUUUGUGAGAAUAUUGUAUACCAUUUGUAAAUCAGAGAAUUAUACCUGCAGGUUCAUAAUAGAGUUGGUUACAUUGUUCUUAGCCAUCUUAGUUAAACUAAAAUUCUGAACUGGCUUUGGAAAGCAAGUAGAAAGAAACCAAAAAGCUGAACAGUGACACUCCAUUCUUAAGUUGCUUUAUUUGGCAUCCCUGUCCGUGAAGGCUACAGAUGCUUCCUUGUACUUUCCUGUGUUUCUUUAGGUUUUGCUAUAGCAUGGGAGAAAGAAGCCCUGUAGAGAUAGGUACACUGAAGGUAAUACCUAGGUAGUAUUAUAUUGAUGUAUAUUCUAAUAGAAUUUCAGGCUGUUACUCAAAAUGGCAUAUAAAUAUGCAUUAUUCAAUAUAUUUUUGAAAAUAAGGCUGUAAGAUCUAAAGCUCUUAGAGAUGAAAUGGUUAGGUUUUAAAAUGAUACCAGUCUCCCUUAUUUUUUAAACAUUUUUUCCAUUUUUAUUUUCUUAAGGAGAAAAAGAUGCAUAAAUAAAACUUGCUUCUUUUUGGUAACAUGGUUGUGAAUUAUAUUGUCCCUCAUGUUUAAUACCAUUUUUUCAAAUGAAUAUUUACAUUUCAGCUUUAAAUUAUUAUAAAAUUACCUGUCUUGCUAUGCAUCAAACUAAGAGAGUAAGUUGAAAAUAUGUGCUGCCAAAACAUUGAGUGAGGCAGCCCUUCAAUGCCAUCUUGUUUUCAUCUUACAACAGAAGUAUAGUAUACUUAAAUGCAUGAACCAUAACAGCCCUCUCUGUUUGGUGGGACUAAAAAUCUUGACCUGUCGAGCAGGAUUGGUCGUAACCUUAUAUCCUGUAGAUGAGAUGAGAUGAGAUUCUCAGAAUCUCCGAAGGUCAUGGAGAUUCAAAAUUCUGGAAAUUGCAGGGGAAAUCUACUUUAGAAGAACAAUCUAAAUAUAUUAUGUGUUAUGAAUAAGCCAGUGCCCUAGAGUACUAACGUUUACAUGUGGGAAAAAGCAUCUUUGUGGAUAAUCUGUAGGACUGUGCUAAACUUGGUUCUUAGUCACAGAACUAUCCUGCCUUGCUUAUGCAUCUAUCAGUGAAUAGGAAAUGAGAUAAUUUAUCUGAUAUCUUUCUUUGAAACUAUUUACUCAGUACAUACGAUUAGGUAAGUGGAUACACACAAAACCUAUGGCUGAGCUAUGUUGUGGGAUGGGCAGCUAUGGUACAUCAUCACUCUACUGAUAUACUAUUGAGUGUAUCAUGGACAUAGCAUAUCCUAUCUUCAGCAAUGUUACAGAAACAAUAACCAUAUAUUUCCAGUUCAUGAUACAAUCAGUUCAUCCUUUCACUAAUUUAAGUGACUAUUGUUGAAAAAUAAGUAACAUAUCUAUCAGACAUACCAUUCAUUUCAUUAGAAUAUUGUGUUGGGUACAGAAAUAAUUUUUAUUUAUGCAACUAUUGUACCUGUUUGAAGAACUGAUUCUUCAUCAGCAAAACCUCCCAUUAUAAAGUAUUUUUUUCCAUUCAAAAGUAGCUUAAGCAACAAUGUGUGUCGUUUUGUAUAAUCUGUAAAGCACGAUUGCUUCCCUACCAAGUACACUUCUUCAUAAUAAGUCAUUUAAUCCUAUCUUAGAAAUGUAUCUGUGGAAACAAUGGGGCCAUCCAACUAGGUCCACAUCUGUCAAUCCCCUUUAGAUCUCAUCACUGCAAUCUGAAAGAAUUAAGUUUUGGGGGUCCAAGCAAAACAAAGGGAAAAGUAGUAUGAGCAGCAGUCAUGUGGAUUCUGCCUGUUACAAAGAUUGCUGUUUCUCACAACCCCGUGAAGGGCUGUAAUUAAAACAGCAAUGAAUUGUAAGCUAAGUUGCAAUAUUAAUCUGCCUGACCUCUGCACAUUAAGUGUCUUGGCUACAGAAUUAUUCAGCUGGAUUUUUUCUCUAAUUUUAGAUCAGUGCAAAUGAUGGUGAUAAUCUAAAUUGCCCAUCACAUUAUGGAAUUUCUUGGACAAUUCUGUUAACUAGUACCCAAGUCACAAGUUUAUUUAAUUAUUUUAUAAAUAAACUCACAAUAUUAAAUGUAAUUUAUUUAAGCUCCAUCUUUAGUAGACGUUCCUAAAUCCAUUUAGGAUGCCCAAGAAUACAGUUAGCCCUGAUACAACUCCUUGAAAGGAACAUAUAUAGAACACUUGCCUUGAUUCAGUAGUUACUCAUGUACAUGUGAAAAGUUGGAAUUAGUACUGUCUGGUUUCAAGAAAAUGCUUCAUGCAAAACGAUUCAGACAAAUGUUUACUAUAAAUACCCCUCUUUGCAAGCAGGAAUUCUUUUUAGAUUUAACAACAUGUUAAAUGGAAAUAAGCUGGAUAAAAGAUGUUUUGUGUUAAAACUAGUAAUUCCACUGACUGUGGAAAAUGAAGUAUUUUAUUAUACAUAUUUCUGAAAACAGUUUGUGUAGUGUUUUACUGAAUAUGUUUACAAUGUUGAAAUAUACCAAUUUGUUAACAAGGUCAGUCCUCCCCUCUCCGAAAUCUGCUUUUGUGCUCAAGUACAAAAUGCAUACUUGUAACAGGAACUCACGUAAAAAAUAUUUUACCGGAAUAUGUUUAUGUUUUACUGAAGUUAUGAAUACUGCCUUUUAAAAAUGGAACUUUAUUUCAUUAUUGUAUAUGCUCAAAUUAAACCAGAAAAACCUUUUACUAUUAAAAGCACAUUAGUUCUUAGUCUUGUGUAAUUACCAAUAUGCAGUGCUCUGGCCCCAAAUAGUUAACUGUUUGUGCUUUGUAUGUCUGACUUACCCCAAAACUGGAUGUGGCUGACGGCGUUUCCUCCCUGCACUUUAUGUUACAGCAGCACUGAUGGGGCUAUUGUGUAAUGGCAGGAUAUCCAGCUAAACAGAUGAAAUGGAGUAAUUCACGUACCCUUUCGAAACUCACUUCAGAGCACUUGAGGAUAUUGUAGUCCAAGAAAAAUAAACAAGAUAGCAAUUUAAAAAGGGAAAUAAGUGGUAGUUCUAAAUAGUAUAGUUUUAACACUGGAAGAUAUUAAAUUGGAAACAGGAUAAAUCAAUCUUUCAGGGUUGAUUCUCCAUAUUUUGUUCCAAAAAAAUUGCAUUUACUCCUUAAAACAGUCCUAAUUAGGGAUUUUAUUCUUACAGGAAGAAAUAAUGCAUGAUCAAUUUAUCUGCAAAACUAAAAAAUCAUUGGCUCUUUUAAAAGUCACAAGUUCUGUUUUUUUAAUUAGAAAAAUAUAUUUUUAACUUGCCACAACUAUUUCCUUAAUCUGUUUUUAUUCUUAAAUGGAUGUUAAAUUAGAGCAAAAAUAUUUCCUUUAGGCUAUUCUAAACAAGCAGACUUUUUCCAGAAGUGCAUAGCAUGGUAUCUCUUCUGCUUUGUUUUGUUUUAGUCUGUUACAGAGUUGUGAACCAUUUGUUUAAUUUGUAAAGCUUUCUUGUUCUCAAGUGUAAAAAUAAAGUAUUGAAACGGA